AUGAUGACACAGACGCAACCGCCAGCCAUCCCGUCGCCUCCGCCAGACCUCAGCGCCAAACUCCCCAAGCUCAUCCCCCGCAAACGCGCCCCCACAUCGCGAGAACCGCCGUCUGCCCCUCCCCCACCGACGCCCUCGUUACCCGCGCCGCCGAAUCUAGAGAGACAUACGUACACGCGACCCUCGAGGCGCAUAUUGAGCCCAGAGGAUCACCAGUUAUUCCUCAAGAGCAAGACAUGCACGCUAGUCGAAGCAUUCGUGUUCGGCAUCGCCGACUCUGUACGCGACCGCAGCAUCUCGAGCAUCAAAGAUGAAGAAGUCACAGACACAGUCAAGACCGUCGUGCAGAUACUAGCAGAAGCGGAGAAAGUGCUAGAUAGAUGUCCACCAGAAGACACAGGCUCGCGCUUCGGCAACCCAGUCUUCCGCACCUUCCUCGAUGAAGUUGAAGCCGUGUUACCGCUUUGGCACGAGAAGCUCGGGUUGAGCGACAAGGCGCAGGUGGAUGAGAUAGCGACAUACCUCCACAACUCCUUCGGCAACAAGCGAAGAAUAGACUACGGAUCUGGCCACGAACUCAACUUCUUCCUCUGGCUACUCUGUCUGAAUCGCAUCGGCAUACUCCCCGACACUACCUUCCCUGCGCUCGCCCUCGUCGUCCUCCCCGCAUACCUCCGCCUCAUGCGUCGCGUCCAGGAGUCAUACUACCUCGAGCCAGCGGGUUCACAUGGUGUGUGGGGAUUGGACGACUACCAGUUCCUGCCCUUCCUGUUCGGCGCAGCGCAAUUGCUUCAUCACCCCUACAUCACACCGAAGAGCAUACACAACGCGUUGGUACUGGAAGAGGAGAGCAAGGAAUAUCUCUACCUCGACCAAAUAUCUUUCGUCAACUCCGUCAAGAACGUCGAGGGUCUGCGUUGGCAUUCACCCAUGCUCGACGAUAUAUCCUCUGCAAAGUCCUGGGCGAAGAUCGAAUCUGGAAUGCGGAAAAUGUUCCGCAAGGAGAUUCUGGAGAAGCUACCCGUUAUGCAACAUUUCCUUUUUGGCAGCUUGGUCCCCCCUGUUGAGGGUAUGAGCACGGAAGAAGAGGCGGGUGUCGAGAAGGAGGAAGAAGAGGAAGAGGGUGGGGAGGUCAAGGUGUUUGACGAUGAGACGGGGAAGAGACAUGUGCAUGCGAGUGCGGGUUGGGGUGAUUGCUGUGGUAUUCGCGUGCCGGCUGCGGUUGGCGCGGAGGGGGAGGCGAGGAAAGGUGGUGCGAGGGGGUUGAGGAGGGUACCUUUUGAUUAA